AUGAGUACCUUGGAAGAAUUAGAUAGCCAGCAGGAUGAUGUGUACCAAGAGAUCUUGAGUCUCUCGACGUCCGACAUCACAAAUCGUACCCGGUUAUUGGAAAAUGACAUAAAGGUCAUGAAGAGUGAAUCCCAAAGAUUGAGCCAUGAGAAAACCGUCAUGGUGGAAAGAAUCAAAGAUAACCAAGAAAAGAUCAAUAACAACAAACAAUUACCAUAUUUGGUCGGCAAUGUGGUGGAGUUGCUCGACUUGGACGCCGAGCAGGAAGCCAAAGAACAGGGGGCCAAUGUGGACUUGGAUGCUGCCAGGUCCGGCAAAUCAGCCGUGAUCAAGACCUCCACGAGGCAAACCAUCUUCCUACCAUUGAUUGGGUUGGUUGCACCCGAGAACUUGAAGCCCAAUGACUUGAUUGGGGUCAAUAAAGACUCAUACUUGAUCUUGGAUACGUUGCCUUCGGAAUAUGAUUCCAGAGUAAAAGCCAUGGAAGUCGAUGAAAAACCCACCGAAGACUACGCUGACAUCGGGGGGUUGGAUAAGCAGAUCGAGGAGUUGAUAGAAGCGGUGGUAUUACCCAUGAAGCAGGCCGACAAGUUCAAGACCUUGGGAAUAAAGCCUCCCAAAGGUGCUUUGAUGUAUGGACCUCCAGGUACCGGGAAGACGUUGUUGGCGAGGGCCUGUGCCGCCCAGUCGGGAGCGACGUUUUUAAAGCUUGCGGCUCCUCAGCUUGUGCAAAUGUUCAUUGGAGAUGGGGCCAAGUUGGUUCGGGAUGCGUUUGCUUUAGCCAAGGAAAAGGCCCCUACAAUUAUAUUCAUCGACGAGUUGGAUGCCAUUGGUACGAAGAGAUUCGAUUCGGACAAAUCGGGAGAUCGGGAGGUGCAGAGAACCAUGUUGGAACUUUUGAAUCAGUUGGAUGGGUUUGGCUCCGACGAUAGAGUCAAGGUGUUGGCAGCUACCAACAGAGUCGACACAUUGGAUCCGGCCUUGUUAAGAUCUGGUAGAUUGGACAGGAAAAUCGAAUUUCCAUUGCCUUCUGAAGAGGCCAGAGAAUCGGUGUUGAAGAUCCAUGCCAGAAAAUUGACCUGUGAUAAUGACUCGGUGAACUGGAGAGAAUUGGCCAGGUCGACUGAUGAAUUUAACGGCGCACAAUUGAAGGCCGUGACGGUGGAGGCGGGAAUGAUAGCGUUGAGAAAUGGCAAGUCUAAGAUCAGGCACGAAGAUUUCGUAGAGGCGAUUAGUGAGGUGCAAGCCAGAAAGUCCAAGUCGGUGAACUUCUACGCAUAA